AGAGGAGAAGGAGAGAGAGAGACAGAGAGAGAGAGAGAAAGAGUAGAGGAAUUCAGUUUUUGUGAAGAGAUUGAACUGGAGUUGCAUGGAGCCCAUCAGACUGGAGAAUGAAGAUCUCCGCGGUGCUAACAGCUCUCCUGACUAACCUCCUCUUAGGAAAUGUGUGCUCAGCUAUCAAUGUCACAGUCACACCUUCUCCGUUCACUGUGGUGGCCGAGGGGGAAAACAUCACCCUGUCCUGUCAGGUGACCCAGCGGCGGCGGUCAGCGAGUCUGCCUGUGGUGCGCUGGAUGUUUCAGCCGGAGUCAGGAGGAGAGGAGCUGCUGGUGGCACGGGUGAACAUGAGGAGAGCCAAGUUCUACGGAAACUACACCAAGAGCUUCUGCGAGCCCAAAAUCAAACUGACAGUGGUGAAACAGGGCAAGAUAUACAACCUCCACAUCGUGAACAUCAGCAGACAGGACAGGGGUCUUUACAGCUGCAGGGUCCAGGAGUUCAAGAAGCAUCAGGAGCGAUGGAAAGCUUCGACCAACAGCUCGGCCUCCACGCAGCUCAGAGUCCAUGUUCUCCGAGCCAGCAAACCAAAGGAGGAACUGUGGAGUCUGUUUGAAGAUGUGUAUCUGUGUGCUGUGCUGGUGUGUUGUGUUGGGCUCUUGUGCAUGUGCAUGUUCACUAUAGCUUUGAGCUGUCAGUAUCUGCAGAGGAAGAGACGAUUAAAAGAAAACUAUAAUUUGGUCAAGAGCCCACAGAACAGUUCAGGCGAGACGGUCACUAGUGUCGUUAGUCUCUCUCCGGCUCUUCCCAAGAAGAUGAGAAAGUACAAGAAAAAUAAAAGUGUGGAGCAACCAGACCUGCCACCAGAGAUACCAGCUAAAGCCCCUAUUGCAGACAAAAUGCGAAAGCCGAAGCUUUUAAAACCUCAACCCAGAAAAGUGGUUUUGCCCAAAAUUGCAGAGGAGAGUCUAACAUACGCUGAGCUAGAACUGAUGAAGCCCCUGCCUGAAGCCAAAACUGCAAACACAGGGACGGUGUACGCUCAGAUACUCUUUGAGGACAAGUCGGUGUAGCAUUACAUGUUCUUGCAGAAAACUUUAUUUAUAAUAACACAAUACUGAUUUUAUUUGUCACCUUUUUUCUGAUGUUUUAUACAUGCAGCCUUAAGUAAUCUGUACAUAGUGUAUAUGUAUAUACAGUAUAUUCUUUACUUUCUAUGUUGACAUUUUAUCUGUGACAAAAAAUAAAUAAAUAAAUAAAUACACAGCUAAUUAUUCUGUAUUCUGACCAAAAACUGUAACUAAAAGGCACGUAAAUACAGCAGUCUCAAGAAACAACUUUUGCAAAAGAUUAUCUAAAGGUAAACACCAACAAAAAAUAUCCGUUUGAAUAUGCCACAAGUUGCAUUUGUUAAUAAACUAAUAAUUUAUAUGAGGACAUUUUGCACAAACAUAUUUUCAAAAAAAUAAAAUUACAAAAAUCUUCCCAGGACUGUUCUGGGUUCAAAACAAAUUCAUCUCUACGAAAAGCUUCUGUGGUCUGCGCUUGAUGUGUUUAAGCUUGUAUUAAUUAUUCUGCAUUAUUUGAGCUGUAAAGUUGUGUAAACCAUCCGUUUAGUGAUGGGUCUACUUUUCUAGAUGGAUGCAUUUAUUUAUGCAUUACCAACACCAAGUGUUUUUCCAUUUAACAGUAGUUUUGUGAAUAGUUACAUCUCAUCCCUUUAUGUUAAUCUAGCUGUUUUUCUGCUCAGAUUAUUGAGUUUAAAUGCUUUGUACAUUAUUGUAAACAAAAAGUUCAUAUAACUUUGAAUAGAUAAGCUAAUAAGUGAUUUUAUCACACUAGGCUCAAGUUACCAUGUAAAACUGUUAAUGUAAUGUAAAUGUUGUGGAUUUUGAAACAGUAUUGUAACAUUUGUUCCAGUGCACAAUUACUUUCUUACUCAGCAUUUUUGUCUCGUUUACUACUAAUAAUAUCUAAACAUUCUUACAACCUAAGCAAAAUGAAGAUAUAACAGUAAGUCUUAUUUUCUGAGUAAUGUGUGAACAUUAAGUUUAAGUUUAAACCAAGAAAAAGUAUCUGCCAAUGGGAUCAGAAAAAUAAAUUGAAUUCAAAAAGUGGAAACCAGAGUUGUUGUUUUUUUUUUGUUUUUUUGACCACAUUGACUGAUAUUUUUCUUGUUUUUAAGGAUUAACUUGCUUAGUUUACAGUUAUUUGUUGAUUUAACAACUUUUAGAUAUUUGUACUGGAAAACGAGACAAAAAUGCUAAGAAAAUGAUUUUUCUGCAGUGUACAGUAUGUUAUUGUGAUUUAUGUUUGUUUGUUUCCACGAGACUGAAUCAUUUCUGUGAUAAAGGAAAGCAGGCCACAGAAGCUCAGGAACCUGGAAAAUUCCUUUAAAUCUGAUGAAUUGCUCAAGCCUGUUUGUUUGAAUGUUAUGACUUGUUUUAAUGGAAGAACGUUUUGGAUUCAAUUAUGGAAAGCUAAUGAAAUAUUAGGGCGUUUCCAUAUCUGGAACAGACAUACAGGCACCACAGAUCUGACCUUUCAGUGUCUGUCUGCCUCUUAUAGGAAUAAAUAAGAUACAAUCUCUCACUUAAAGGGUUUUUGACACUAUCACAGACUUUCCGUGUGUAAGAAAGUUCUUUAACUGUGAAAUGUAAAGGGUACCGUGAGCCCACCGCCUUCACCACUAACAAGAACCAUCUGUGAAUGACGUACAGAGACUCUAUGCUCAACACAUGCCAAAAACAUACUUUUUUCUCUUCUGUUUUAUAAUUGUACUCUUAAUUAAACAUUUUGAUGUGAAAGAACGUGACUAAACCUGACUGCUUUUACUCUGUACUGUAUGUCAACUGUAAUAUUCAUGUAAUAUUUCA